GCCAUGUCAGCGACAGGCGUCGAGAAGCAGCUCGGCCGCAAGAGCACGCCGGGCAGGGCUCGCACCGUGGGCUACCUCGUGGGGCGGUCGAGGGCCACGGUCAGGGGCGCGGAGAGCCAGAACCCAGUCCAUCUGCCGGACGUUCCCGAGGACUCAGAGAUCGAGGCCAAUUGGGACAUGACCCCGGAUCCGUGGCACGACACCGAGCUCCAGCACGUCGACUACUCGGAGGUCGAGAUGAGCGAGACCGAGAAGGAGCUUCUGGCGGAGGGGGGCUUUCUCUUCACGCCGGAUCAGCAGGCCUGGAGGCGCUGGGCUCUCAAGCUUCUGAUGAUACUAAAUUACUGCGUGGCCUCUCGCACGACGGCUUACCUCGCGCCUCUCGCGUCGCUCUCGACGGGGAAGCCAGACCCGGAGCUGUGCCACCACCCAGCGGAGCACCGCGAGCGGAGGUCGAACCAGUACGCGAGCUGGAUCAGGUGCAGGCUCUGCCUGUCCAGGAUCAGCUACCACGCCAAGACGAAGGAGGAGCAGAUCGACGCCAAGGUCCAGAGGAAGGUCGAUCAGGAACGCAAGAAGUGGGGCAAGGUCAGCGAGCAGAACACGAUCAAGAGCAAGGUCAAGAUGCAGCUGGAGGACGAGGGCCUGGUGGAGACGAGCGAGCAGGACUACCCAACGAUGGUGGACCCUCGUCGCCAGUCUCGUCCGCUCUCCAUCGAGUCAAAGUGCCCGCCCUGGAAGGCGCCGCCGGCGGGAGCACCGCCAGCCAGGAAGACCCCCGCUCCAGCAGCGGUCAAGGGCUCGCCGGCCAGGUCGCCUUUGGACCAGAACUCCCACGCCAGCCACAGCGACACGCUGACGCGUUUGCUUCAGGACCAGGAGGCCAACCGCCAGGAGAUCAUGGAGUUCAUGCACGCUCAGAGGGCCUCGCAGGAGGCGACCGAGAGGAGCCUUCAGCAGACGACCGAGAACUUCAACGAGCUCAUGCGGAUGCUCAAGGGCACCCUGGGCGGCGGGUCCAGCGGCAGCGGCCAGCGCUAG